AUGAAAUAUAAAUUCUUCCUGGGCAUCCUGUGCCUAGGAACAGUAUCCUGCCUUGGAGUAACCGACCUCACUUGCGCUGAAAACUCUGAUUGCUACGCAUACAAUGCUUUUUGCAAUUCAACAACCUUGACUUGCUACUGCAACGAUGCAUUCUCCUACUACCUUACCCCGCAAGACCCCGAAAUCGAAGUCAAUGGGCAAUUAUUGGAAGAAACAUGCGUCUUAAAAACUCCUUGCGACUUUUACGUGGAGGAAAAUGGCCCGUGCCCUGCUAACUCGAAUUGCAUGAUUCAAAUCGAUGGAACUGCCGAGUGCGCUUGUUAUCCUGGCUUCGAAUCGACGGAUGCUGACGGUCAAGUCGGAGUGGAUGGGGUUACUUGUGAAAGAAUUAAUCCAUGCAACUCCUACUCCUGUGACGCAAUAGCAAAUUCUGAGUGCGUUGCCCUUUCCGAAACGGAAGCUAAUUGUGCAUGUGGCAAUCUUUACGAGCCGUACGUUUUCGGACAAUCAUGGGAGCUGUCAGAAGACGAUCUUUUUCCCAAUUCAUUUGCGCCAGACGUCAUUUGCAAUCCUAAAUUUCCCUGUUUUGAUCAAACCUGUGGUGGGAAUCAGACCUGUGUCGUGAACAACAACGAUGACGGAAUUCCCACUGCUUUCUGUGCCUGCGACGAUGGCUUUUCCUCUACUGGAGCUCAAACAGUCCUCAUGUCGGAUGGCGGUCUUGAGUGCGAAGAUCUCGACGAGUGCUCUGAUGACGCGCUUAACUUUUGCGCUGCCACUCAAACCUGCAUCAACCAAGUUGGAAGCUACGAAUGCGAAUGCUCUCCUGGAUACCUUCCAAAUACUGACGAGAACACAGUGUCUGUUGCUCCUUGUGUCCAAUGCUCAGGACCAGGGGCAACGGAAAAUGACGGAGAAUGCACUUGUUAUAAUGGAGCGAUUCUGAGCGAGGGUGAUAGUACCCUCUGUGUGUGUCCUGAUGGUUGGGAACAGGUAGGUAAUAUGUGUUCGCUAGGAGGAACUUCUUCGACAACAACCACAACUACUACCACAACUACGACUACAACAACAACUACUUCCACGACGACAAGUAAGACUACGACAACAACCACUACUACGACGACAACCACUACUACGACGACAACCACAACAACGACAACUACAACAACGACAACUACUUCAACAACAACAACUACCACUACUACCACUACGACAAGUACAACUACGACAACUACGACUUCCACAACGACCACUACUACGACGACAACAACAACAACUACAACUACUACAACAACGACAACUACAUCCACCACAACUACAAGCACAACAACAACAACUACGACAACAAGCGAACCUUGCUUUGGUCCAACCAGCCGUUUUGAAAAUGGCGCUUGCACUUGCGACUUUACAAUCCGAAGUAUCGAACUAAAAGAUGACCAGAAAACCUGCCGUUGCAAAGAAAAAUUUACUUGGAGAGAGAAUCUUGGAAUUUGCGACUGUGAGCCUGGUCUUUUCAAAUCGAUUCGGGGAGGUUGCGUUCCACCAGAAGACAACUACAUUCAAUGGAAGGGACCCUUCGGAAAAUGCGAAGGAAAUCGUCGGAAACGAGCGAUCAAGCAAAUCGACCGUGUUGAAAAUGGCGCUACUGAGGCUCCUUGGUUCGGAAGAAAUGUCAACUCUUGGAAAGUCACUGAAAAAUGCGGCGCCGAUAGACCAGGUUCGAAUCCUUCGAAAGAAGAUAAUUGA